UUUGAAGAUGGAGAAGCUGACGUGUCGCUGUAUAUCCUUACUUUUCUUGCUUAGUACAACCUUGCUAGCUGUGAAUAGUAAUUCCGAAGAAAGCAAUGAAUAUUUGCAACCUACUGUGACGAUUGCGAUUUUGAUAAGAAACAAAGCCCACGUUCUUCCAUGGUUUUUUGGUCAUCUUGAAAAUCUGAAUUAUCCCAAAAAUAGAAUCUCUUUAUGGAUAAGAAGUGACCACAAUGUUGAUGAUUCCAAUAGAAUACUAAGAGAUUGGUUAACAGCUGUAGAAGAUCAGUACCAUUCAGUUAAUCUUAGAAUUGAUACAAGUACUCAAGAGUAUGCUGAUGAAGUUGGACCAUGUGACUGGUCAGAUAACAGGUUUGCACAUGUGAUUGAUCUGAGACAUCAAGCAUUAGACGCUGCCAGAGAGAACUGGUCUGAUUACUUGUUUAUGUUGGAUGCAGAUGUUAUUUUAGAAAACAAAGAAACCUUGUCCUUGUUAGUUCAGGCAGAUAAAAUAAUAGUUGGACCUAUGUUAAAUGCCAGUUAUGGACAAGUAUAUUCCAACUUUUGGGGAGGAAUGACAGAUGAGGGAUAUUACAGGAGAGUACCAGAGUAUUUUGACAUUGUAGGGAGAAAAGUGUUGGGUUGUUUUCCAGUUCCCAUGGUACAUUCAGCUUUAUUGAUAGACAUGCACAGAUCAGUGUCACCAAAGUUUUCGUAUAAAUCUUCAGAAGAAUAUAAAGGCCCCAAAGAUGAUAUUAUUAUAUUUGCUCACUCAGUAAAAUAUGCAGGUAUAUCCAUGCACAUAUUGAAUACAGAAUAUUUUGGAACAGUGAUGAUACCCAUGGAUGAACACAAUACACUACAGGAUGAAAGCGAUCAGUUUACUUUUAUCAAAUUAGAAGCUAGAGAUGCCAACCAUGUUGACGAGGUUUUUACAGGAAGAAAGUUUCCAGUUGAUAGACCAGGUUUGAUAAAGACACCACAUGUCUUUAUUGAGUAUCCAGAACCAGAUAAAUUAGGUUUUGAUCAGGUGUAUAUGAUCAAUCUUUUAAGAAGACCAGAGAGAAGAAAAAGAAUGUUAGAAGCCUUUAAAGAAUUAGGAAUUCUAGCAAAAAUUAUUGAUGCUGUAGAUGGAAAACAAUUAAAUGACACAUAUUUGGACCAGCUUGGAAUUGAAAUGCUACCAGGGUUUCUAGAUCCUUAUGGCAAAAGACCAUUAACAAUGGGUGAAAUUGGAUGUUUUCUGAGUCAUUAUUUUAUAUGGAAAGAUAUAGAAGCUCAAGGUUAUGAGAAUGUGCUUAUAUUUGAAGAUGAUGUUAGAUUUGAACCAUACUUUAAAACAAAGUUGAAAAGAAUGAUAGCUGAUGUAGAGAGAACUGUUCCAAAUUGGGAUUUAAUAUACGUAGGACGGAAGAGACUUUACCAUAAACAGGAGCAAUAUGUAGAAGAAACAACUUCACUUGUAUGGCCUAGUUACUCAUACUGGACGCUGAGCUAUAUCAUUUCUGAUAGAGGAGUUCAGAAACUACUUAAACAAAAGCCUUUGACAAAGAUGGUACCUGUUGAUGAGUUUUUACCUAUCAUGUUUGAUAAACACCCAACAACUGAAUGGAAAGACAAAUUUUCACCCAGAGAUUUGGUUGGUUUAUCAGCAGAUCCACUUUUAGUAUACCCUACACAUUAUACAGGAGAACCAAACUAUUUUUCUGACACUGAAGAGUCUGUUGUUAUACAAGCUGAUAAUGCAGAGAACAACGAGAUCGGUGAUGAUCAAUUUAAAGUACCUGCAAAUGAUGCAACUGAUCAAAGUUCCAAAGAUGAAUUGUGAUUUAUGUACUUUUGUAGUAAAUGUUUACUUUACCUCUGCAAUAUUUAAAUACAUAGUGCCAUAUUAAGACCAUUAGUUUUGUAUUAAGACUCACUUUAAGUUAUACUUUUAAUUGUUGUAGCACCAUCCGUAGUGGUAGUCCCAUAUUUUCCUAGCAGCAUUAGCAAUAACUAUUAGCAUGACAAUGAAAUAUUACAAACAAUAUUAUAAAAUUGUGUCGUUUAGUCCAAUACAGUUAUCCUAUCUUUUUGACAUAGACAUUUAAUAUAACAAACAGCUUUAUAAAAUAAUGUGUUUAAUUCCAAAUCAGUUGUAGCUAUCUAAUAUAUACUUAUUAACAUAUAAACAUAUGUAUAAAGGGUAUAACUAUAUCUCUGUCACAUUUAGGUUCCAGUUUUGACUUGUUUGUGAUUGGUGUCUGAGAAGGGACAGUUUAAUCAUGGAGAUGUUUAUUGUUUAUUGUGUUUCAUGGCUUUGUACAAUGCAUUUAAAUGGAAAGUGUAAUGUUUGCAUACGGAAAGCUUCCACAACAAACAUAAAGAAAAAUUUGACACAUGAAUAUUUCUCAGUAUUUUAAGUCAUUAGUAUUUGAAAAAAUGUUAUUUUUGAUAUCAUGUUUUACUAUGUUUCUGAUGGAACACAAUGUAUAUAUGUGUGCUUUAUAUUUUUAUUUUGAAAUCUCACAUAGUUUAGAUCUUUAUUUUUUUUUAAUUUGAUCUGUUUUCAAGUUUUUAUCACAUAUACAUACAUGAAAAUGCAUAUUUUAUUGUAGUUAGUAGAUAUACACUGCUGAUUGUUACAUUUAAUGUUUCUUGUAAAUCUUACAUGUACUUAAGUAAUUAAUCAGGUGAUCAGGAAUGGCAAAAAUCAUAUGAAUGGCAUAAAUCAAGUGAUCAGGAAUGGCAUAAAUCAUGUGAUUAGGUGGCAGUUCAAAAUCCUACUGUACAUCUUGGUAGACUGACUUUGCAACACCUACCUAUUUAUUGAUAGUUAAUUGGUACUCGUCCCAAAUGUCUAUGAUAUUUAUUUACCACUUAGCACUUAAGCAAACAACAUUUAAUCUAUUUUAUAUAAGAUAAACAAGGAUUUACAACUUGCAUGUAUUCAGUCAAACUUAUUAUUAUUUUGAAACUAUAGUCUUUUGCUGUUAAAAAAUUUUGGAAAUUAUUUUUAAUUAAGGAAUAUUAUCUCCCUUGUGCAAAGCUUUAAUUCCUUACCUAACUUUGGCAACACUUUUUGUCCUUUAAUGUUUAUAAGCCCUUCAUUUUUUUUAAGUAAGUUUUUGAUUUUUCAUAUAUUUUGGCCGCGAACAUCACUGAAGAGACAUUUAAUGUUGAAAUGCCCAUCUGGUACAGAAAAAUUGGUACUGUAAAUGUUAAUCAUGUGUGUAGACCACUCAAAAAUAAUUCAUUAAAAUUCUGAUUUUACGUUACAUCAAAUGUUGUAAUACAAACUUAUUCUUUAAUUUACCAAAAAUUCUUGACAUUUAUUUCCUAAAAUUUAAAAAAAUAUAUUUCAAAAGUUUCUUCAUUACUAUGAAGAAAGUGUUUUGGUUUCAAAAUAUUUUAUAUACUAGUUCUCCAUGUAGUGGUUAUAUUGCUGGCUAGGUCAAACUAAACAGUAUUGUAAGCUUCUUCUUCAUUAAGCAAGCUGCAUUAAGGAGUUAGAGCAGGUUUCACUCAGAGAGAGAGUAAUGUAUCUUGGUAGGGUAGUAUGUCUUUAUGCAUACUUUGUGAGCUAAGCAUAUUGAAAAUCCCACUUAUUUGACUGUCUACUACAAAGCUGUCUCUUCAUAUAUAUUAUUCACAUGCUAUCUACCUGAUUUGCUGUUAAAUGAUAAGAAAAAAAGGGUGCUAUAGAGUUUUAAACCUUUCACAACUCCUUGGGUAUUUUAUACUACUUUUUUGUUUUGUAAUUUUCAUGUAGUUUUUGAACUCACCUGUCCCAUAGGGCCAAGUGAGCUUUUCUCAUCACUUGGCGUCCAUCAUCCAUCUUUGUCUUCCGUCGUCAGUUAACUUUUACAAAAAUCUUCUCCACUGAAACUAGACCAAAUUUAAUCAAACUUGGCUACAAUCAUCAUUAGGGUAUCUAGUUUAAAAAAAUGUGUCCAAUGACCCAGCCUGCUGACCAAGAUGGCUAAAAAUAGAACAUAGGGGUAAAAUGCAAGUUUUGUCUAUUAUUUUGUAAAUAAAGGCAACAGUAGUAUACCACUAUUCCAAAUUCAUAAAUCGAUUGAGAAAAAAACAAAUCCAGGUUACAAACUAAAACUGAGGGAAACACAUCAAAUAUAAGAGGAGAACAACGACACAACAGAAACUCAACACUAAAAUGCAACACACACAGAAACUAACUAUAAUGUAACAAUGGCCAUUUUCCUGACUUGGUACAGGACAUUUUAAGAAAAAAUGGUGGGUUGAACCUGGUUUUGUGGAUAGCCAAACCUCCCGCUUUUAUGGCAAUGUUAAAUAUAACAUUAAAAUGACAAGAUUACAUGACAGGACCUUUAUAUUUAGAGAAAAUCUGACAGGGCAAAAAUGUUUAGAAUGUUGAGCUCUACCAAUUGUCCAUUUAUGUCAAAACUGUUAGGCAACUUCUUAUAUAAGUUAUUGCCCUUUCUAUUGCUAUUAGCUUGAAUGAAACUAUAAUAGAUAUAGAGAAAUUUUAUGUUGCAAAAAUGAUCAGCAAGACAAGAUCUACAAAUAAAUAUGCAUGAUCGAAAUCAUCAGUCGACUCCUUAUUAGAGUUAUUGCCCUUUGAUAAUGAUUUUACCAAUAUUUUGCGUUUUUGCAUUGUAUCUUAAAAAUUUGAAUACAUAGAUAGAAACUUAAAUAAGCAAAAAUUAUCAGCAAGACAAGAUCUACUAUUAAGACAAUUAUAACAGAUAAAUAGAAACUUUGAAUAACAAAAUGAUCAGCAAGGCAAGAUCUACAAACAAGUAAAGUUUUAUCGUUAGUAGACUGUCACUCUUCAAAGGAGUGAUCACCCUUAAAUGAGGAUUUUUUUUAGCCUCUUUUGUGUUUUGAGCAAAAUCUAAAGAAGAUAGAGAGAAACUAGUCAGCAAUACAAGAUCAGCAAAUAAAAGAUUUUUGUCAUGAAUUCUAUUCUUGUCUACAAUAUUUCAGAGUGUCCUUUGUUGCAUAUGCACAUAGAGCAUCUGGUAUUGAUAUUGCUAAUAUUUGAACUAAUGACCUAAGUUUUGUGUAUGGCUUUAAUUGAGAAUUUUCCCUGAUAUGGUGUGUCACCCUUAAAUAAAAUGCUAAUGUAAGAAGUUGUUUCUGUUUUUAAAUACAGUUGUAAAAAUGUUAGGGAGAUGGUGUACUUGCAUUCAAGGGGAAUUUGCUAUGAAGUCUAGCUAUGCAACAUAAACUUAUGUAAUAUAUGCUGUUUUACUUCAUUUUGCAAUAAAAUUGUAGGGGGUCUUAUAAACUUUCAUAAAUACAUCCCUUCAUUUUUGUAUGUAUAAUUUGUUUCCAAAUACAGGAAUGAAAUACUGAUUUCAGAUCUACUGUAUGGGAGAAGAUUAAAUUGUGACUUUUUAUUUUAUUAAAAUUUUAUGCAGGUCAUAACCAGGUUACAAAGAAAAAUCCAUAUUAGUUGUUUGCAAAUAUACUUUAUACAUGGAAACCCUUUGGUAAAGGCUUUAGUUUGUUCUCUAUUUUAUAUUAAAUGAAUGUAUAAGUGAGAGUUAUAAAGAAAUCCAGAAUUAGAUAAACCGUCCAUGAUAAGAAGAGGAGUUUGAUGUUAUAAAAUUUAUAUUCCUUCGUAUUUUUAAGGCUUUUAGAGAUUGUUUUGUCUGAUGUCUUACCCUUCUGAAUGAUGCCACUCCAAAUUUUCUUUUUCUUUUUAAGAUUUUCAUUUUUGGGGGAUUAUUUUGUAUUGAUGAAUAUUGUGUAUAAAUAAAAAAAGUUAGCAAAUGACAAUUUGAAUCCUGUGUCAUAUAUACACUUUCUCCUUAAAAAUUUAUAGUAGGAGAAAAAACUGAACCAAUAUUCCACCCACUUGCCCAUUAUCUCUCAAUAUUAACAUUAGUCAUCCAAAAUCAAAAGAGGAACAGGUUUGAUGUGCCCGGAAACAUUAAUUUAUCAUUUUAAGUUUUAUGAUAAUAUAUGGUUAAAAAGCAUGUGUGAUAAUUUUGAAUAAAAAUAAUUUUGUACAGUAUUAAAUGUAAAACAAUAAAUUAUAGUGAUUCUUUGAUUGCAAUUUUUUUACACCGGUGAGAUUGUAAUAUUUAUUGAGAUGAAAGUGAGAAUCAAAGUGCUUGUAAGCACUGAAGGGUAAAGAUUACUUUCAUAUUUCUAAUUUGAAUCAUUGAAUUGUAUUUAGCUAGGCAAAUUAUAAAUUUGAGUUAGAGUUAUCUUUUUUUGUUCAUCAUUGUAUAUUUGUUUGAUGAACCUAUUUUUAUAACAUAAUUAUACGCCAUGCAUUACUUAUGUAAUGUCUAUUUUAAAAAAAUUCUUGACAAGUAUGGUGUAACUUAACUAUCUUAGUUUAAGAUAUCAUAAAUAAAUUGCCUGACAUUGACUGGAUGGGAUCUAAAUAAUGAUCACUUCACUGCACUAUUUUGUUUGAAAUAUUAAAAGGAAGUGAAAAACAUUGGAAGAUAUAUAUAUCAAGUCAGUACCAAGAGGGUUUGAUUGCAUUUCAUGCAAUCUUUAACACCAAAAAAAAAUGGUUUUAGGAUAAUCAUCCCAGUUUUGAAACUAAUAUUAAUUACUUGGUAUAUUCUUUAACAAAAUAUAGGAGUUAAUAUCAAUGUCUUAUGUUGAAAACUUACACUUUUACAACCAAAACAAAACAUUUGUUCAAAUGGUAAAUUGUUUUUUUUUUAACAAAGUCAUUUUAUAUCAUAUAUCAUAUGUUUACAUCAAAAUUGUUUGUGGAACUCAGCUGAAUUUCUUUCAGAACCUUAUAAUUUUAAAAUAGCCCAUGAUUAAUUUUCAAAUUUAAUGAACAAGUUUCAAGACAAUUGGGAAACCUGUGAGUGUUUUUGUUGUUGUAAAAGCAUUCAUUAGAUUCUUAAUAUCCAACAUAUAGGAUAAUAUACUAGGUAUCAUGAAUUUUGAUGGAUGAUAGCUCAAGUGCACUGACACUUGUCUUUUUUUUAUUAUAUGAGUGAACUGUAAAAUAACCUUGUAUACCAGUAUUAUUAAAAUAUGUACAAUGUAUGUGUCCUUAUGUUUACAUUUUAUGACAUUAAAAAGUGUUAAAAAAGUUUUA